GAUUACUACGGCAUUCGGAAUCCAGGAGGGGAAGAUCCAAGGCUUCCGUGGCUUCGUGAGACAGUUUGUUGGGAAGGCAAGUGCGUCCUUGACUUGGGAUGCAAUUCUGGCCACAUUACGCGGGCGAUAGUGGCGGAAGGUGCAAAGCUUGCCUUGGGCGUUGACGUUGAUCCUGUGCUGAUUGAUGAGGCGAAUGAGCGCACAUCCUCCGAGCUCCUCGCAUCCGGGAG